CAAUUGUGUCGUAACAGACCUGUUCAAUUUAUACAUAUUUCAAAUUGUUAGUGGAAUGAAAUUCGUUUCGGUAAUAAUGCCCAACUUAGACUCCGUUGAAGUAAAAAUUACUAAUGAUUUAUUCAAGCACUUGCAUGUGCCUUAUUCCGAUCAUGUUACGAAAAAUCCUUUUUAUUCCAUGGAUAUGCCUAUCAAAGGCUUGAUAGUUGAUGUAAGAGUUGCCACAAUCCAUCUUUGGCUGUCGACUUUACUAUGUCAAAAAUUUUCGUUGAUGUUGCUCCAAGUACUGUUCAAAUUUGCUUUGUGA